CAUGUUUUCCCGUCUUCGAAACCGUUGUGGGAGGGGGAACGUCGAUUGUGGAGAGACUACAGUGAAGGAGUCUGGCCUUUCGUCUCAAAGUAAUGAUGGACAAAGACAGCACUUCUGGGGAAUGUGGAGUUCACUGUGUCCUUCUACCUACAGACGCUGGGAGAGAAACAUCAUCCACUGGAACUGAGCUAAGCAAGAAGCAGGCCAAGAAGGAAAAUAAGAGGUGGAUUAAAGAGCUGCAGCUCAUUACAGAGGAGCGAAACGACCUGAGAGAUUGCCUGAUGUUUGUGACAGAGAGAUCCAUGAAGAACAGACCCCACUUCAGGCCAAAUCCAUAUUAUGAAGACCUGGAGAGAAUGGAGGAGGUGGUCAUGUCAAUUCUGCACAACUUAGAGAUGGAAAACACUGAGAUCCAUGAGAAUAGCCACAGCUGAAGAAGGAGAUUACCUUCUCUAGGUAAGUCCUGGUCAGAAAGGCUAUCACCUGUGGAAUGGCCAUUUCUGAUUUCUUUGUUCUGGAUUGGAUGGUCUUCAGCUGUGAUUCUAUCUCUUGUGCUGUUUACACAUCAGUGUGCCAGGGUCAUUAGGACUCAGUUUUCAGUUCCACAAAAUAGUGUUACUCAUCCCAGGAUUGUCUAGGCAUCUUCAGAAGGCUCUAGAUAGAACAGCACUGAUUGAAGUCAGAAGAAGGUUAUUAGGCUGACCUGGGCCUACGGUGUCAUACCAGGUUUUACAAAACUCAGUGCGUGGACCACAUGGUUAGAAUGACCUUCUCUUGGUUCUACUGACCUCCUUUGAGGGUGUUGGCCCACUACUAAUUGAUGUUGCCCCCAUGCAUUGGGCUUUCAUGGAUAGUUGUAGAUCCAUGUUCUUUUUGAGAGAUUUGGACCCUAUUUGGUGCUUGGGCCAUAAAAAUUUUCUUCUUCCCUGAAUUGGCUCUUUCCUGUUUCUGCAGCAGCCUUAUAUGUAUCAAGAUGUAUUCUACGUCUUCAUGGGUAUAUGGGUUUUAGGGUUGUUAGUGGAACUUGGAAGUAGGAAUGGGAGAAAGGGGCAGCAAGAUCUUACUAUGCAGAAUGUAUUUCCAGUAACCUGCUCAGCCGCUCCUGAUGGAGAACACAUGUAUGAAGAACUUCGUCACAUCUAUGCAGGAGAGCAAGGUGGUACAGAUUGAUUGUGCACUGAUACAGAAAUAUUUGAUUGAAUUGAACAAGAACGAUAAAUAUGAAUAGGAGAAGACCAGAAACCGCCAGACCCCAGCAAUAUCUGGUAGGAAUAAGCAGCUGUGUGAGCUUAACAAUAUCUGAUACCAUUUUCCAAUUUCAUACAUCUUUGCUUUCCCCUACAAUCUUUCUAAUUUACACUCCCAACGAGCCAACCAUGGCCUGUAAUGGAAUUGUUCAUUGCUCUGUCUAUGUACAAGUAUUCUGGGAAGUUAACCACUUUUCAGAAACUGAACUAUUGGCAAGUAUAUUUUGCUUCUCUUUUUGAAGCUGCAGUCCAGAAAUGGUGACAGAUGAAUAACAUAUUAUAUUAUGGCAUGACUGUGUGAUAUGCUAUGUAGAGUUUUGAACAAGGUCUUGGUCCUGUGACAAAUGACAUUUUGUGGUCAUGUGACCUCCUAGGUAGGAAGCACCGUUGUGGGAUAAGAACCAAUUGCAAAUGUCGAAUUCAUCCUUGUCAUUGACUUUUUUUUUUUAUCUUGGUGACAUGUGGACAUCUCCUUUCUUCCUGCAACCCAAUGAGGUCUCUUCCCAUUGCCCUGUUCUUGGUUUGCACUGGUAUAAGUCUGGGUCCCAGAUUGGCAGCCCACAUUACUGUGAUGCUUGCUGGAGAUUUGCCCUGCCCGCAGAGUUAACAACAAUGAUAUCAGUUAAAAGGUCCAUCUCGACUGUCCAAUAGAACUGAGGUGGUAGAAGGCAGCAUUCUGACAGCUGGCUUGCAUUUCCCCACCAAAUCAGUGUCUGAAAAACUGCCUUCCUCUCCCAGGUCUCAGAAAGUGCAAGAGAGCUGGAAUUGGACACACCCCAGUAAGAGAGCUUCCUGAAGAAUAAGUUGCUUUCUCAGGAGUCCCCUGCUGACAAACAUCCUGACUAUUAACAACAUUUUUUGGAUGAAUAUUCUUCCUCAUAGUUAAUUUGUCAUUGCUUAGAGACCCUAAAUUUAUAUAUCACUAAGCCAGCCUGACUGACUGAGGUCUUACUCACUUUCUUCUUUAGAAAUCACCACUUAAGAGACACCUUGGGGGACCGCCUUUCAUUAUGUGUGCUAGAGGAGAAACAGCAAUACAUCUGUGCUUCUAAAUGUUCGUUAAGAAUAUGAUGUUUAGGGGCUGGGGACUUAGCUCAGUGGUAGAGCGCUUACCUAGGAAGCGCGAGGCCCUGGGUUCGGUCCCCAGCUCCGAAAAAAAGAACCAAAAAAAAAAAAAAAAAGAAUAUGAUGUUUAGAAAUAUUCUGUUAUGAUUUUCAUUGAAGUUUUCUAUUUGUUGUUUCAUAGUUAUAUGCUCUUGUUACUAUUUUUCAUUUUUAAAAUACUUUAAAUAUUUAUAUUAAUUCAUUUUAAUCCUGUUUUGUUGUAAAUUGUAUUUCUUAUCAAUAAAAAUUGAUUUUAAUCUCUUGACUCUUAAGACCAUCAUUCUUAUUCAAGGGUUCUUUCUGCUCCUGUGGACUUAGAACUGACAGCUGGAGAUGGAUCUCUGCAUGUUCCAGGGAGCCUGGGCUAAAUAGUGAAUUCAAAGCCAGCAAGGUGUACCCAGUGUGAAGUGUCUUCUGUGUGGAUAAUGUGGCUGUCUCUCAGAUGCACACUUUACUAUGUAAUCCCUGCCAUACUUUACCCAUACUGUCAUGUGUUCUGCUCACCUUAACAUAUAACAGUCUGCAUCUCACAUUCAUUGUUGACCCUGUGCCCCACAUAUUGAGUAAUAUACACUCAUUGCUGUACAGCUACAGAAAAAUUGACAACAUUCUCAAAGGAAUACAGAAGUCAUCCUAAUGGAGAACCAUGUGCUUCAGCUUUUCUUGCAAUACAGCAUCGAUAUUUA